CUCGUGACUUUGCCGCGCAUGCGCACAUCCGAAACCGGAACUCACUUGCCGUAGGAGGUUCAAAUCUGGGUUAGUUUUGGAACUGGAGCGGUUCUGGAAGAUGCAGCCUCAGUUCAUGAAGGAUGUCCCGGACUCAGUCUGCACCGACUUUCAGAACCUGAACAAACUGAACGAGCAGCAAUUUAUUCGUCUGAUCGAAAUUCUGUUCCAGUUUCUAUUGGAGCCUAAAGAGACUGAGAGAUUCAUGCAGCAGCUCGCUGAGUUUGCAGGGCAUCAUGGGAUGAGCGCUGGACCUCUGAAGACCCUGAUGAAGAGUGUCCUCCUGGUGCCACAGGAAGCUUGCAAGAAAAACCUGACGGCUGAGCAGAUCAGGGAAGACCUCAUGGCCUUUGGACUCGGCGAGGACAAAGCCGCUCACUUCUCACAUCAGUGGGCGGAGCAUAAUGCCAGCCUGUCCAGACGCGCCGUUGAACAGACUCUAAUGGUCAACCAGCUGGUGGAUAUGGAGUGGAAGUUUGGAGUAACGGUCGGCACCAGUGAAAUCCAGAAGGUGGGCAGCAUCUUCCUUCAGCUCAAACUGGUCACCAGAAAAGGAAACUCCACUGAAAACAUCUAUGUGGAACUGACGCUGCCUCAGUUUUACAAAUUCCUUCAUGAGAUGGAGAGAGCCAAAGCCAGCAUGGAGUGUUUCAGCUGACUGUGUGUUUGCAUCUGGAAGCUGGGAGUCUGAAUGCCAGGAUGCCUCUGUGUGUGUGUGGGGGGGGGGGGGGGGGGUAGAGAGAG